GGGUGAGCGGCUGACGGCACCGGAGACCAGACCUCACCUCCUCCCCCCCCCACAUGGGACAUUGAGGAUCAUCACACACCUCCCCUCUCUGUACAGAAGACAGCUGGAGGGUCAUGAAGGGACCCCAGAGAAAUAGGGGGUCCAAGAUGAGUUUAUUUGGCUCCACAGGUGGUUUUGGCAGUGGAGGGACCAGCAUGUUUGGCAACACAGCCGCCGAUAACCACAACCCUAUGAAGGAUAUAGAGGUCAGCUCUCCGCCGGACGACAGCAUAUCAUGCCUAUCCUUCAGCCCGCCGACUAUGCCGGGGAACUUCCUCAUCGCCGGCUCCUGGGCCAACGACGUACGAUGUUGGGAGGUGCAGGACAACGGACAGACGAUUCCGAAGGCCCAACAGAUGCACACAGGACCCGUGCUGGACGUCUGCUGGAGUGACGACGGCAGCAAAGUGUUCACGGCGUCUUGUGACAAAACUGCCAAAAUGUGGGACCUGAACAGCAACCAGUCCAUACAGAUUGCACAGCAUGAAGCACCAAUAAAAACCGUACACUGGAUCAAAGCGCCAAACUAUAGUUGUAUAAUGACUAGUAGCUGGGACAAAACUCUAAAGUUUUGGGACACGCGCUCGCCAAAUCCUUUAAUGACGCUUCAGCUUCCGGAACGCGGUUACUGCGCGGAUGUGGUGUAUCCCAUGGCCGCAGUAGCGACAGCCGAGAGAGGAUUAAUAGUAUACCAAUUGGAGAACCAGCCCUCCGAAUUUCGAAGGAUUGAAUCCCCGUUAAAGCAUCAGCACCGAUGUGUCGCCAUAUUUAAGGAUAAACAGAACAAGCCAACCGGUUUUGCUCUGGGAAGCAUCGAAGGUCGAGUCGCCAUCCAUUAUAUCAACCCCCCCAAUCCAGCCAAAGACAACUUUACAUUUAAAUGUCACCGGUCCAACGGGACGAACACGGCCGCCCCCCAGGACAUUUAUGCCGUAAACGCCAUCGCCUUCCAUCCGGUACACGGAACGCUGGCCACCGUCGGCUCCGAUGGCCGGUUCAGUUUCUGGGACAAAGACGCCCGGACCAAGCUGAAGACGUCGGAGCAGCUGGACCAGCCCAUCUCCGCGUGCUGCUUCAACCAGAACGGGAACAUCUUUGCCUACGCGGCGAGCUAUGAUUGGUCCAAGGGUCACGAGUUCUACAACCCACAGAAGAAGAAUUACAUCUUCCUGCGGAACGCCGCGGAGGAGCUGAAGCCGCGGAGUAAGAAAUAAAUAACAAAAAUCCACCAUCGCGUUAUUUAAAGACCCCGGUUCUGAACGCUAUCCUUCGGAGAGAUUAAAAACUAAAAGGGGCGGGGGGGGAGGGGUUCUAAGGCUGCCGUAUUGCCUUCACACCGCCAUAUUGCUUUCUUGGGGGGGGGGGUGAUUUGCGUCACAAAGGUGCUUGGCGCUCUGCUCGUUUUUCGGAACUCCAAAGCCAGCAGAGCGCUAAUAAAAUGAAAUCCCAGGAUGCCGCUGCUUGCAUUUUAUGAAUGGGCCGCAACGUGAAAGCCGCAGAACCCAAUGGAGAGCGGAUAGCGAUAUCUUUUCUCUCCUGACCCCGAAAUUGUUUACUUAUACCGCGUUCCUGUAAAAAUCGGCUUUCUUCAAACUGUUCUAAAGUGGUUGUAACCCCUUCCAUAUACCCCCCCCCCCCCCCAUUGCAGCGACUGCGUCCUCAGAGAGGAAACCAAUCCUCCUACAUACGUUGUACCUGUUUUAUCUGCUGUACAGAGUUUAUACAGCAAUCCUUGGCUCCCGAGGGGGGGCAUAUGAUGUCGCAGAGGGCUGAGUGUAAGCUGAGACCUGAGUGGAGGGAAACGCAGUCUCCUUGGGGAAACGUGCACAGUUUAGCUUGUCGGUCACCUGCUGGGUGCUGGAGGAGGGGGGGGGUUGGGAUUCCCUGGUGUCAGGGAUAAAGGAAGGGCAGAAAUGAGGUGCUUUGGAUUGAAGCAAGUACACAAGAUAUGGGGAUGUGCUUUGUUCAGUUUUAAUUUUACAACCACUUUAAGGACCGUUCUUGUAGUUUGCCUUGUUAAUAGACCCCCCCCCCCCCCCCUUCUGCCUACAUGGAUGCUGCAGGAAGGCACCGGCGCUGGUGUCGGGACUAUGCCCCCCCCCCCGGCUACGUUCACAAACCGCAGCCCGGCGGUGGAAAGGACUCUUAAUCUUUCCUAAGGGUGGUGCCCAGAGUUAGUACUGAAUGUUCAAUUAUUGUUUAUAUAUUUGUUAUAUUUUUCUUUUUUUAUAUUUGAUGUUCUGUUCUGAUGUUCUGCGAAUUUUUAUUAAUAAUGUAUCCUUUCCGAGAGCCUCAAACACUCGCAGGUUCAAUCUCCUUACACUGGAAGGCCCUGCGUGUCGGCGGCCUAGGGGGGAGGAGUCUGGCUUUGACCAAUUCUGAACCGCUGUAGGCCGCCGUUUGGGGUGGGGGAGGGUAAUUUUAAGUUCUCGAGGGUCAUAGAUGUGGUGAGGACCCUCCCACAGUCCGUGUAGAGGACGCCCAAUCGUGAAAGAGGUCCAUCACGUCGGCCUCCGCGGGUUCAAAGACACACAAAUCUGUUCUGCCGUUUUCUGAGAGAGACGCAAUCAAAUGAUUUUUUUCCUAUAAUAAAGACACUUGUUUAGUA